UCUCCCACUUACCAAACCCUAGCGCCUCUCUACUUUUCUAAACCCUAGCGCCUCUCUCUUUUCCUAGUCAAUCUCUUCGUCGACUCAAAAUGGCCGGCAAAGGAGAGGGACCGGCCAUCGGUAUCGAUCUCGGUACCACUUACUCUUGCGUCGGCGUCUGGCAACACGACCGUGUUGAGAUCAUCGCCAACGACCAGGGAAACCGGACGACCCCGUCGUAUGUCGCCUUCACCGACACCGAGAGGUUGAUCGGAGACGCCGCUAAGAACCAGGUCGCCAUGAACCCAAUCAACACUGUUUUUGAUGCUAAGCGAUUGAUUGGUCGUAGAUUCACCGAUGCCUCAGUUCAGGGUGACAUGAAGUUGUGGCCAUUCAAGGUCAUCGCUGGCCCUGCUGACAAGCCUAUGAUUGGAGUCUCAUACAAGGGAGAAGAGAAGCUAUUUGCUGCUGAGGAGAUCUCUUCCAUGGUCCUUAUCAAGAUGCGUGAGAUCGCCGAGGCUUACCUUGGUUCCACCAUCAAGAAUGCAGUGGUCACUGUCCCCGCUUACUUUAACGAUUCUCAGCGUCAGGCCACCAAGGAUGCCGGAGUUAUUGCUGGUAUCAAUGUCUUGCGUAUUAUCAACGAGCCUACAGCAGCUGCCAUCGCCUACGGUCUUGACAAGAAGGCCACCAGCGUUGGUGAGAAGAAUGUGUUGAUCUUUGACCUUGGAGGUGGUACCUUUGAUGUCUCUCUUCUAACCAUUGAAGAGGGUAUCUUUGAGGUUAAGGCCACAGCUGGUGACACCCAUCUUGGGGGUGAGGACUUUGACAACAGAAUGGUCAACCACUUCGUUCAAGAGUUCAAGAGAAAGAACAAGAAGGAUAUCAGCGGCAACCCUAGAGCUCUUAGGAGAUUGAGGACAUCAUGUGAAAGGGCAAAGAGGACCCUCUCAUCCACUGCCCAGACCACCAUUGAAAUCGAUUCCUUGUAUGAGGGUAUUGACUUCUACUCAACCAUCACCCGUGCUAGAUUCGAGGAGCUCAACAUGGACUUGUUCAGAAAGUGUAUGGAGCCAGUAGAGAAGUGUUUGAGGGACGCCAAGAUGGACAAGAGCACAGUCCAUGAUGUUGUGCUUGUUGGUGGAUCCACCCGUAUUCCCAAGGUUCAGCAACUCCUCCAGGACUUCUUCAAUGGCAAGGAGCUCUGCAAGAGCAUCAACCCCGACGAGGCCGUUGCCUAUGGUGCUGCAGUCCAGGCUGCAAUUCUCAGUGGUGAGGGUAACGAGAAGGUCCAGGACCUUCUUCUAUUGGAUGUUACCCCUCUAUCCCUUGGUUUGGAAACUGCCGGAGGUGUCAUGACCGUCUUGAUCCCCAGAAAUACAACCAUCCCAACAAAGAAGGAACAAGUCUUCUCCACCUACUCCGACAACCAGCCUGGUGUGCUCAUCCAGGUCUAUGAAGGAGAGAGAACCAGAACCAGGGACAACAACUUGCUCGGAAAGUUUGAACUCUCCGGAAUCCCCCCAGCUCCCAGAGGUGUACCCCAGAUCACAGUGUGCUUUGACAUCGAUGCCAAUGGUAUCUUGAAUGUGUCAGCAGAGGACAAGACCACUGGGCAAAAGAACAAGAUCACCAUCACCAACGACAAGGGCAGGCUCUCAAAGGAGGAGAUUGAAAAGAUGGUUCAAGAGGCAGAGAAGUACAAGUCUGAGGAUGAAGAGCACAAGAAGAAGGUUGAGGCCAAGAACGCUUUGGAGAACUACGCCUACAACAUGAGGAACACGAUCAAGGAUGAGAAGAUCGGCGAGAAGCUCCCAGGGGCGGACAAGAAGAAGAUCGAGGACGCCAUUGAGGCUGCCAUCCAGUGGCUCGACAGCAACCAGCUUGCAGAGGCUGAUGAGUUUGAGGACAAGAUGAAGGAGUUGGAAAGCAUCUGCAACCCAAUCAUCGCCAAGAUGUACCAGGGUGCUGGGCCUGACGGUGCUGGCCCAGUUGAUGAUGAUGUUCCAGCUGGGGGCAGCGGUGCUGGGCCCAAGAUCGAGGAGGUCGACUAAGUGAAAUGAUCCCCGUGGGUGGUUUUGUUGCUUUUUGGAUUAUUUAGGCGGUCUGAACAAUUUAUCGCGUUUAUUUUUAAUUUUGCUUUGAUUGUUAAUCAGAGCUUUUGUUUUUAUUUUUUGCGGAACUUAUAGGCCCUUUGUUAUUUUCCCCUAGCAAUUUGUCUGGGGCCUUUAUUAUAAUAUUUUUCAACUAUUCGGUGCUAA